CCUCACCACUCCAAGAUGAAUGAACAAUAAGAGCAAAUUGAAAUUACAUGUCAUAGAUAAUAAAUACAUGGAUUUUAUUUAUGAAUGCGUAGAUAUGUAAUGAAAUUGUAAUAAAAACAUGAUAACUUCCACUGUAAGUCUGGCCAUGCACCUAAUAUAUUCGUCGUUUCAAGGUGUUCGAGUUAUCAGUCAAGUAUUAGAAUACGUCUUACCUUAUACUGGUGUACCAUUUCGAAAUAUGUCUGCAAUUAAGGACAGCAGAAAUAUCAACUUUAACACAAAGCAUUUAAGGAAAGGUGAUCCUUUACCGCCUUUCAAUGGAAAAUUGCGAGUAUACAACAUGAGGUAUUGCCCCUACGCUCAGCGAACCAUCCUAGCUCUUAACGCGAAACAAAUUGACUAUGAGGUUGUAAAUAUUGAUCUGAUCGACAAACCUGAGUGGCUGACAACUAAAAGUGCCUUCGCAAAAGUUCCAGCGAUAGAAAUAGCAGAAGAUGUGACCAUUUACGAAAGCUUAGUGACAGUUGAAUAUUUAGAUGAGGUCUAUCCGAAAAGGCCUUUACUGCCGCAAGAUCCUUUGAAGAAAGCAUUGGACAAAAUUAUUGUAGAAGCAUCGUCGCCUAUUCAGUCGCUUUUUAUAAAGAUUCUAAAAUUCUCCGACACUGUCAAUGAGGAGCAUGUUGCUGCGUACCACAAGGCUUUAGAUUUCAUCCAGGAACAGUUGAAAAACCGAGGCACUGUGUUCUUGGACGGAAGUGAACCUGGAUACGCUGAUUAUAUGAUUUGGCCUUGGUUCGAGAGGCUUAGAGCAUUUGCCCAUGAUGAAAGAGUGAGACUUGAACCGUCUAAGUAUUCUUUACUGUUGGAGUACAUAGACAACAUGUUGAAGGACUCUGCCGUGAGCCAGUACUUAAUUCCGCUGGAGAUUUUGGCCAAAUUUCAUGAAGCCUACACCAAAAAAGAGAAACCGAACUAUGAAUUGUUAAAUGAAUGUUUGAAAUCAUUUUAAAAUAUGUGUUAAUAAAUUCAUAAGAAUUCAUAACAGUAAAAUCUAUGCGUUUUUAUAAACAGUAA